AUGCAGUGGCGGAAGCGACCACACACUCGAUCGCCUUCUCUCAGAGCGGCGCCGGCGCCCCCCUUUUCGGUUGUCAGUACAGCGACUUCCGGCGUUUACGUGGAGAGCCAGCGACGGGCACGGCAGCAACUCCUGCGCGACCUUCUUUGCAAUACCUCUCUAGCGGAGCUUCGCGACCGUGAAAUCUUAAGAUGGCUAGAUGACGCCGACGGAUGGCUGCGGAGCCCGGAAUUCUUGGCGGGUGAGCUUACAGAACUUCGACUGUUAGUUCUCGGUGUGCUGAACACGAUGCCAUGGUGGCGGAUUCUUGAGAGCGUCGCUCCUUCGCAGGAUCAACUUGUGUAUGAGGAUUCAGAAGAGAGUCACGGUUUUGCGAGGAGCACUGAGGGCGCUACGAGCCAAAAGCUGCUUUUUUCUUCUUCAACCUUCGAAAAGCAAUCUUCUCGUGUAUUGGCACCAGUAGUGGCGUCGACUUCUGCCUCAGCGUCCGCGCCUUCAGUCAUUUCUAGUAUCAUACGCCUGCACGAACGUAUCCAGCUUGCGUUUGAGAAAGUUUGUCUGACGCUUUUAGAGGGGUCGCAACGGACCAUACCGAACGUGCUCGAGGCGAUAUUGAAGCCAUUUAAUGUGGAACCUUCCGUAAAGGACGGGGCUCGGCGUGCAAUCCCAGCCGAUUCCAUUGUUCGCGUUUUAAACCAGAUCGCUACCAAGUGCCCGACAAGUGAUGUGUUAACCCUCUUUGAGCGGUGUUUACCCACGUUGGUGCCGAAGCGGCGUUGGGCGAAUGGCCGUCAUCACGUUAUAUGCACGACCAUAUUUCUUUAUCUCGCACUUGAGGGGCAAGUGCCAGGGUAUCACCCCUCGUGCGGGAAUUCUCAGUGUUUAGCCCGUACCCAAGAGCUGUUUGAGGUAUGGAUCUUGUCAGCGACGGUUGGCGAGUGGGUGUCUUCCUCACCCUGCGUCUCUCAUGCCUCCUCUCAAGGCAUUUGCUCAAGGAAAGAUGCGGGGGAGGGUGAAAAUCGAGAUGCUGCCACCGGCAACAACAUAACCAAAGUGAAGGAAGAGGAUGAUUUCUUUGAAUCCAAAACCCACUAUGCGCUGCCUCCAAGUAUAAUUUCCAAGUCAGCCCCUGUGGCGCCAACGCCUCACGAGGUUUCAUCAGGAAAUAUCGACACGAGUCCUUUCCACAAAGUUGGGCAAACUGGCGGGCGGGGAUCCGACCUGGAGGUGCUUUCCAACAGUGGUGAGAAGAAUCCCGCGGCGGAGGGGUACGACACGUCCAGUAGCAGCUUCUCCGGCACCGCCGCGGCCUUGGGAGGGGGAACGGUCCUAAAGAUGCCGGAACGAAGCGCCCUGGCGGACUUUAGCGAUUCCGAAGGGACCAAUUAUAGUGAGAGCGGCGAUACCAGCCUUGGCAGGCGGCCCCAUCUCGAUGGGGCCGCCCUCAGCCGAGGCUCCGGGGGUCCCCAUCACGCGGUGCCGUCCUCGGCGGAUCGCGCGAGCCCCUUUACGGGCGCCUCCCCGAAGGAUAUGCUUCUAUCCGCGGCGGCCUCGCACGCCGCCACCUCGACGCUGACGUCGAUCCAAACCACCCCGCAGAACAACCGCAUGCUGGCGUACCGAAGUGAGCUCAUUCACUUCGUGCUCGGGCGUCUGGAGGCGAUGGAGCUGUCUUUGGAUCACACCGAGGGCGUGGGCGAGGAGGGCCAUCCUCCAAACGCGCGAGGCGGUUCGCUAUCGCAUCCGUCGUCGAGCGUUCGUGGUUUAUCCCCGGUGGGGAGCCUUUCGAGCACCCCGAGGGCGUUCUCUUGCCCAAGCCCCCUUCUGAAGGAGCCUCGUCAGUUGUAUUCCCCGACUCUCAGCUCACAUCGAUCGGUCGGGGGGUUUUCCGGGUUCUCCACGCCAUUUUUCGGUCCGCGUGCGAAUCGGCUCGUCGUGGAUCCCGCGCAGCCGCAAUACGAGGUGCUGAAGCAGUGCUGCGCGGUUGUCUUCUACAUGCUCGUGAAGGAUCUUUGCCGGCAGCAGGCGGCCGGGGUGUGUGGGAAUGUGGAUUGGUGGCGGGUGUUGGUUGGGUUUCAGCUUCGCGUGUUGGCGUCCUCGUCGGAGGUUCCCGUGUGUGUGCAAUUCAUCGCCCCGAGCCUGGCGAUGUUCGGGCAAGAAGAGGAGGCGGUGGAUAUGAUUCACAAGGUCGUCACGCUCGUUACGAAAGGGUUGUUUCCGCCGAGCCUUCGCGGGGCGUCGUCGGGGGUGACGGCGGAGGGGUUUGGUCGGACCUCCGCGUCGGUGGGGAGCGCCGCGGUGGGGGCGCCGGCUCGGCUUCGCAUGGCGCCCCCUCCGGCGAUGGCGACCACGCAGGGGCUUUCCAUUCCCCAACGCAUCCGCGCCGCGCGGAGCAUCGCGCCGAUGUUUAAAUUUAUGAAAGACCGUAUCGCGAACGGGGAGGGGGUCCGGAAGCGUCUGUUGAAGUGGGUUGCACAGGAGAUGGGGCGGGAGGCCACCGGGAUAGGCGGGCGAGGGGCGUUUUCGCGGCUGGUGGAAGUCGUCUUCGCGCAGUGCGCGGCGAUCUCGGAGAUGAUGGGGGUGGCGAUGGUUCCUUCCGGGAACUCCGGAAGCGGCGCCGCGGAGGGGUCUCAGACAACCCCUCUUUUGCAACCCAUCGGGGGAGGGGCGGGGAAGUCCGCGGUGGAGCUGCUCCAACCACUGCUCAGUCGAUAUGCGCUAGAGAAGGAUGACGAGGGGGGGUUGGAUGUUAAGUGCGAGGAGGACCCCGAGGACCGCGGCCCGGGACGGGUGCGAAUGAAUCUAGCACAGAUGGAGCGGGAUGAGCUGCUUCAGCCAUGGUUGAUGGAGGACUGCCCAUGGGGAGAUCUUCUGGCGCGGAUGUCCUCCUCCACGGCUUAA